GCGUUAUAAUCGCUCUGUGUACUUUUGUUUACGCCACCCAGAGUAUUCCAUUGUUCCGGCCGGCCCGUGGUCUCCAGCUGACAGUGCAUGUGUGCGCCUGGCGUCCCGGAGUUCAGAACAACACGGCCACACUCGGCACAGUUUUCCUACCACCACUCUCUCCUUCAGGAUGUUUAUACUGAUGUCUGUGUGCUAAACUUCCUUCCAGUGUGUUCCUGAAACCGCACCAAAGCUUAGCGAGCACGCACGGGAGCGAGUUUUAGUCCAACGUCCUUUCUCUCUCCUUGUGUUUGUGUGUCUGAGAGACUGGACCGUUACCCGAUAUUACGUUUGCAGAGUGUGGUGUUGCUUGCAGUGGUUGGUGGGGGCAGCAUCGCCGAAGGCUUGACCUCGAGGUUUAGAGAAGGGACAGUCGAUCGCCCAGCCAGUGUCCACAACCGUCCUUCAUUCUCGGUAAACAUUUGCUCUCGGGGUCGCCUGUGGAGCGUGAACCGGACCGGACCACGCCAGAGAAAUCGUCGGGGGAAAGAUGGCGCGACGCCCGCACAACUUCAGACCCGAGCCGGUCCUACAGAUCGUCUUGGUUAGCCUUCUCUACUGUCUUCAAGGUGUCAGCGCCCAAGGCGUAGAAGCUGAAGUUUGGCAGAGCUCGGGUGACUGGGCCAGCGGAGUGGACUAUGGUUUCUACGACUCUGAGGGUGCGUUCGACGCGGAGGGAGGGGGCGUGGCGGCAGAGGCGGUGGAUGACUACGCUGUCAUCGCAAACGCAGACACACUGAUAACACGUCUUGCUGGCCAAGACACGUCAGACAAGGUCAUCCCCACGGUGAUCGUCGGGGUCGGGGAGCCCAUGGAUGAUGACAUCGUGUUUGAAAAUGAAGAGGCGUCCAGUUUGCCACAGCAGCCGACAACUCUAGCCACAACAACAAGAAAUGUGGAGAGAGCGACGCCCCCUCCAGCCCCUCUCACUCCAGUUAUCACCUGCCAGGAGCUAUAUUGUUACGGCGGAGGGACAUGUGUGUUCAACGCCCGGGAAGGUGCGAUGUGUCACUGUCCUCUGGGCAGGCAAGGAUACCAGUGUCAAGAGGAGGUGGAAGUGCGUUACCCUAGUUUCCAGGGUCAGUCCUUCCUGUCCUUCCCCCAGCUGGUCGCCUCCAACAUGAGGUUCCGCAUUUCGCUGGAGUUCAAGGCCGAGAGUUUGGACGGGCUGCUGAUGUUUAGUGGAAAGUACAGGGAUGGCCGAGGGGAUUUCUUCUCUAUCGCUCUGGUCAAUGGACGUGUGCAGUUCAGGUUCAACUGCGGCACAGGACCGGCAAACAUUACAACCAACAGCACAGUACAGCUCGGCAAGUGGCACAAACUCACAGUCUACAGAAACAGAUGGAAUGGCUGGGUCAGUUUGGACAACAAAGACACUGUGCACGGAAGAGCUAAGGGCCUGUAUCAUGGUAUCACCUUCCGGCUUCCCUUAUACCUGGGUGGAGUGCCAGAUCUUGGACUAGUACAAGAGCACACAGGGGUGGCAGAGGGCUUCAAGGGUUGUGUGCAGAAGCUUAUUGUGAACAAGGAGAGAUACAACAUGCGGCCUCAGCCUUAUGGAAAGGCAGUGUCUGGGAUCAACGUUGGGGAGUGCAGCGAGGGAGUUUGUAACUACGUUUACUGCCGGAACGGAGGCAAGUGUGUGGCUGGGUCAGCUGACUCCCACCUCUGCCUUUGCCCCCUGGGAUUUACAGGGACCAGCUGUGAACAGGACCUGGACCUCAGCAUCCCCUUCUUCAACUCCUCCCGCUCUGCCUACUCGGCCUACCCGUCUCUCACCACCAAGUUCCUGUCCUUCAUCGAGAUCGAGGUGGUCUUCAGGCCGGCCGCGAGGAACGGAGUUCUUCUGUACACAGCCCUGCGGACAGAUGGCACCGGGGAUUUCCUGUCUCUGGUGCUGGACCAUGGGUUCCUAGAGUUCAGGUUUGACUGUGGGACCGGACCAGCUAUUAUCAGGAGUGCGGAGCCUGUGACUAUGGGUGAGUGGCACAGAGUCGUCCUGUCCAGAACAGCACGGGACGGACUCAUGACGGUCGACUACAACCCCCCUGUCUCAGGAACAGCGGAGGGGGGGUUCUCCCAGAUCAGCUUCAUCACCCCCCUGUACGUUGGGGGGGUGGCUGAUUACGAGGAGGUGGCUAAAUACUCGGGAGUGUACGAACCAUUCCACGGAGAUAUACAAAAGAUCAUAAUAAACGACAGCCCCAUGGACCUGAUCUCCAGUGCGAUUGUUGGCGUGAACGUGGCAAACGCUGACCACCCGUGCGUGGGGGACCCGUGUGUGAACGGGGGGCUGUGCGUGCCCGAUCACGACUUCUACAGCUGUAACUGUCCACUCGGCUAUCACGGCAUGGACUGUGAGAAAGCUAAGGUUGCAGUAGUGGUUACACAGUUCGACGACCUCUUGACCUACGACCUGGAAAACCCCUUAGCGGCCCCCGCACCAGAGUUGAAAAGUCCAGUCACAGUGCCAAAGUUCAGUGGGAAUAGUUACAUGCAGUACACAGGGACACAGCUUAUGAAAAGAUUGUCCGGGAACAGGAAUGACUUCCAGAUCCGGAUCAAGACGACGACAGCGGAUGGGAUGAUCCUAUGGAGCGGGUCGCUGCCGAUGGGCAGACAUCGCGACUUCAUCUCCAUAGGGCUGGAAGGGGGUGCUGUGGUGCUCAGGUAUAACCUUGGCAGUGGGGAGGCCCAGCUGUCAUCCAACACCACUAUUAAUGACGGCAGGUGGCACAAAAUCAGGGCAAGAAGGGACGGCCCCAACGCGGUGCUGAUUCUAGAUGACCUUGACCCUGUCCCCGGAACCUCCCCAGGCAGACUGAAGCAGCUCAACACCAACUCAGGCCUCUACCUAGGUGGCAUGAACAAUAUUGUGAUGGACACCGGGCGACACUACACCCGAGGCAUUGUGGGAUGCAUCUCCCAUGUUACCUUGGCGACCGACUAUCACAUCCGCUUGUAUGAGGAGGCAACAGCAGGACAGAACAUCGUGGAGUGUUCAUGAUAAAGGGUUCCCAUUCCUUUAAGAUCUUAAGCACAUUCUCAAGACGUUUUCUUAAGGAUAUAGCAUAUUCUAAAGAUGUGGUUUUGAAGAUAAAAAAAGGCGCAUUCUUCUGAUAUAAUCUUAAGGCUGGUCUUAAGACAUUUUCUUAAGGUUAGGGAAUGUCAUUGACAUGUUAUCAUAAGGAUGUUCUUGAGACAUGUUGUCCUGAGGAUAGGCUAUAUUCUUAAGACGUUGUAUAGUAUGUUUUUGAGACAUCUUUUAAGGAUAUAGCAUAUCCUUGAGACAUAAGCUAACAUCUGUAUAUGCCUUUGAGUGGCUCAAGACAGGACAUUCAACAGACCCUGAAAUUUGCCAAUUUUCAGAUGAAAUAGACUUAAGGAUACUGUGAUUGCUACAAUUCACUGAAAUGCAUCAUACGUAGCAGUCUACAUGAGGUUGGGAACUCUUGUGAAUGUUAACUCUUUCAGAGGGUCGUGUAAUUCUGUCAAAGUGACAGGCAUAUAAGUAUGUAGGAAAGGACUCGAUACAACGAGAAUAUGGAACACACAUGUAGUGUUACCACCACUUGCUGGCCAGUAAAAUAUUUUCUGUACAUAGGGGUUGAAGGAAGUGGGUUGUUUUAAGUCAUAUAUUGGUGUAAGGCUUAGAAAAAACUGUGUAUGUUGUUGCCUUUUUUUAAAAACUUUCAUUUCUUUAUGGAUUACCAGCAUUCCAAGAGUAGCCU